AAAUUUGGCAACCUGUGCUACAGUUUAAAACUGUGUAGUGUGUACAGCUUACUAGCCUUACUUCAUUAUUUUGACUUUAAAAUCUUUUUGACUUCGAGAUUGGACCUGUGGUUGUCUGUCCAGGCCCAUCGCGAGACCCCCAAUUCCGAUCGAUUUUGGUGAGACAUCUCUGCUGAUGUGUCUCCUUCCAUCCUUACAGCAAGCCAGAAGUCUAUAGUUUACAAGUACUUUAUACCGAUUUCCCAUUUUCACUCUAAAGAUUUGUUGUUGAUGGGAAUACAAUUGUUGUUUGACUGGCACCAUGGACAAAUCGCUGAACGACGAAACCGGAGGACAGGAUGGAAGCAGUCCAAAAUCAGCUGGCGCAGCGCUAAGUGCUGGAAGCAAGGCAGUGAAGCCAGUUAUGAAGGGACCUGACGGUGCAGGCGGAAGCCAAGAUGAGAACCGAGAAAUGGGGACAGAUGCAGUACAGCGGCACAUGACGUUGAAAGCGCUGCUGAAUCGGAGUAUUGCAGCGUUGCAGAAUAUCCUCCGUGCGCAUAACAAUGAAAAUCAUGCAGAAGACCACCUUGCAGAUCGAGUCACCGUCACUCUGCAGCGAAUGCUGGAAGACUGCGACAAGAUCCCCGCAGUGAUCCUGGUCCAUAAUCCUGCGCAGGGACAGGGCAGCCAGUUUUGCUUCUCGGUUUCCGACGGGAAUUCCACGGCCGCGACGCAUACUGGAGGAACCAGCAUAGUCCUGUCCAAGGCUCGGCUGCAGCUCCAUUUAAUGCGGCUGUGGAUGGAAGCGCUCCAGCGUACGUUGCGCGCAAUGGACAUUGACGGCAGUACAGUUGAAUCGGCGUCUCCGUCUGCUAUUACAGCUGGGAAGCUGUCGCGGGAGCUGUCCGUGUUGGUGGAUAAAGCGGACCGAUUCCUGGUCAGCGCCCAGUCGGACUCCAACGGGCAGGUCCCUUUCCGCAGAUUAGGGCAUUUUCAGUGGGUGAGAGGAGAAGACUGUCCAGUGGCGGCCAUUACUGAGAAUGCUCCUGUCGUCACUCUUGCAGAUGAGCCUAUGACCGCAGCGUCCGUAGAAGACGAUGUUGUCGUGGCUCCGCUACCGCUGCCAACCGUCCCCGUUGCGGCCAGCACGGAGCCGCCUAAAGAUACGCCCCCUCGAAAGGCCUUAGCGCUGAAACGCGCCGUAUUUUUACCGAAGCGAGCGACGGCAGAAAAGAGCCCGCGUGCCAGCACCCCACCGUCUGCAUUUGUGAAAAUGAAGGGGAAGCCGGACGGAGCAGGCAGGAAGGAAGUCGACGAUAAGCCAGUCCAACAGGCUGCCCGUGGCCGAGGGGAUGCCAUGGUAAAGAAGGAAGGGGGUGGUCAUUGCACGCGCGUCACGCGGUCCAAGUCGGUGCAGAACCCGCCGGUUCGGGCAAAAAGAUCCGCGCUGCUCGCAAGACGCGGAAAUGCUGCCAGAGGAAGCGCUCCUCGGAUAAGUGCAGAUGUCAUCCAGAUUCCAUCGGACUCUUCCAGUAGCAGUGACGAGCAUAGCACCACGGACGAGUUGGAUACCGACGAUACAGAAACGGAUGAUGAUAUUAUGAUCUCAGAUGACGAUGGCCAAGUGCAACCGACAGGGAGAAAUCUGCGCAACAAAAAGACGGCACAUCGCUUCAUCGGGAAAAAAUCACUGCGGGAGCGUCCAGAGCGACACACAGCUCGUAAGGAAUAAAGUCCUCCGUUUGCUAAGUUCUUUUUGUUACUUAUCUUUCUAUUUUUCUGUACUGGAAAAUUUUCGCGCUGCGGCACCGGCGAAACAGUGCGACCGUCGGCAUAAUUGUAAUCUCACUCCAUUGCUUUUUAAGCCGUUUUUGCUGCUAUAAAUUGUUACGAGAUGGUUUUGUCAGAUGGAUCCUACAUCACGGAUUACAGUACGAGUACUGUACAUGACAGAUCCUCGUUAGCAGUUCAUAAAACAGAAUCUUUA